AUGGGUUUAUUUUCCAAGUUCAAGCGUAAAGUCCAAGCAGCAGACGACAAGGCCGUCUUGGACCUCUCGCGCUCUACCCGGCUCAAACGUGAUAUCGCGGCCGUGUCCAAUGUUACGAUCGCUGCAUCCAUGAUUCCGAGUGGCGGAGUGAGCUCGCUGGCGGGUAUUUACUCCUUUCCUCGUUUCUUGUGGACUUGGAAGAAACACAGGAUCGUGAAAAAGGAUCUUGCGGUCCGUGGGCUAACGGUACCUGAUCGCACGAAACGUGAUUAUAUCAUUCCGGCCACUGUGGGCGCCAUAACUGGGGCGGUGGGAGCCGGUGCUGAUUCCAUAGAUCAAUUUUCCGAUGCGAUUAUUCCUUCCAAUCCUGACGCCACACAUGAAAUCCCGGUCACCCAGUGGCUUGAGCAGGUGGGGAACUCGACAGUCGAAACGGCCACAAACCAUGUACAGGCUGUAUUUGAUCCAGAAUUCGCACAGGGGCUCACAGAGGGUGAUUGGGAGAAUGCCUACAAUCCUGAUGAUCUGAGUACACAUGUCGAGAAUGGAGCAGACCAUCUUGACGAUGCUAUUGAUACCAUCAUGCCCGGUGGUCUACCAUUUCUUAGCGAGAGGACUGCAGACCUUGCUGGUCAGACUAUUUCUGCUGUUGUGAUUGGAGAGAUGGCAGGCAAGGGGAUCGGAGCAGUUGCUCCGGCGAGGCGUGAGGUGGCGGUUUCGCAGCAACAGGACAGGUGA